AGCAAUCCAGCACGAAAACAAGCACCGUGUGCCGCUGGCUUUAGCCGACUUCUCUUAAUUCCGAACACCGGUGUCGUCGUGCAUUUUCCCUUCGAAUGUUGGUAAUUUCUUCGUGCGCUUUCCCUUGAGGAUCUGUGACUGCCCACCAGCGGUUCGAGUGUAUGCAUUUCCCACUUCGGAUCGCCGUUUGAACAGUAUAAUAUGGCACCUACUAUCCAAACCAAUACCAAUCAGGCGGACAGGGAUAAACGUCCGGCUAGACCGGCAGAGAAGAGGUCCGAAUUAAUAUGUCGUGUUAAAUAUUGCAAUACACUUCCAGACAUUCCAUUUGAUCCGAAAUUUAUAACAUAUCCUUUUGAACCAUCCAGGUUUAUUCGUUAUAACCCAACAUCAUUAGAACGAAAUUACAAGUACGAAGUACUAACGGAACAUGAUUUGGGUGUUGAGAUCGAUCUAAUAAAUAAGGAUACAUAUGCAGGAGAUCCAAAUGCGCAGUUGGAUCCAGCAGAUGAAAAGCUGCUUGAAGAAGAUGUUCUGACACCACAGGAUUCCAAGAGAUCAAGACAUCAUGCUAGAAGCGUAUCGUGGCUUAGACGUACGGAAUAUAUUUCCACAGAAACCACAAGAUUUCAGCCACAGAGUGUGGACAAAGUUGAAGCUAAAGUUGGAUAUAGUAUCAAGAAGAACUUUAAGGAGGAAACAUUAUACAUGGAUCGCGAGAGUCAAAUAAAGGCUAUAGAGAAGACAUUUGAAGACAACAAGAAACCAAUUGAAAGACAUUAUAGCAAACCAAAUGUCAUACCUGUAGAGAUAUUGCCGAUAUAUCCAGACUUUAAGUUGUGGAAAUAUCCGUGUGCUCAGGUCAUAUUUGAUUCUGAUCCUGCACCUUCUGGCCGCUCUGUACCUGCACAGAUUGAAGAAAUGUCUCAAGCUAUGAUACGAGGUGUGAUGGACGAAAGUGGCGAACAGUUUGUGGCAUACUUUUUGCCACUGGAGGAAACAUUGGAUAAGCGCCGACGGGACUUUACCGCUGGUAUUGAUUACGCUGAUGAGGAGGAAUAUGAGUACAAAAUGGCCAGGGAAUACAAUUGGAAUGUCAAGAGCAAAGCCUCCAAGGGAUACGAAGAGAAUUAUUUCCUCGUGAUGAGACAAGAUGGGGUCUACUACAACGAGCUGGAGACGCGCGUGCGGCUGAGUAAACGUCGUCAGAAAGCCGGGCAGCAGCCAAAUAACACGCGCCUGAUAGUGCGUCAUCGACCGUUAAAUGCUCUCGAAUUCAGAAUGCAAAGGUAUCGAGAGAAGCAAUUGGAGCCACCAGGAGAGGAUGACGAAGAUGAAGAGGAAGAAGAGGAGGAGCAGGAAACUCUGGAGAAAGCCGACAGGAAAGGUUCCGAAGGAGAGAACGAAGCGGGCUCCCGUGCGUCGUCAAGAGCGUCCUCACGGGUUUCCAGCAGGAAAUCGCGAUCUCGCUCGAAAUCCGCAUCGAGAUCCAAAUCUCGCUCACGUUCACCGUCCAAGUCUCGAUCGCGUUCACGAUCGCGCUCCGCGUCGCAUUCGCCGUCAAGAUCGCGAUCGAGGUCUGGUAGUCCUCAGUCGAGGAACUCGUCCAGAUCAAGAUCACGAUCACGAUCACGAUCACGAUCACGAUCACGAUCCAAGUCUGCAUCGAGGUCGCGCUCCGCAUCCCCCGCCAAAUCACCGUCAUCAAGUUCCAAGUCUAGAUCGAGAUCUGUUAGCGGUAGUGGCAGCGGUACCGGCAGCGCAAGCGGCGAAAGCGGUUCCGAAAGCGAGUGAAUCGAUUCUGGAUGAUGUAUAUACGUACAAUUUUUACAGAGUGACGAGUGAGAGACGAAUUUUCAGCAUUAGAUAAGAGAAAUAAAAAGAACAAUAAAUA